AUGGCCUCACUAGACAGCCUGCCCGAUGAGCUUCUCUUCCAGAUAAUCUCCUAUAUUUCAUACACAGCCACAUUCACGACUGUACAAUGCCCACACCUAUACGUGAAGCUCGUCAAUCGACGACUUCACCAACUUGCAGACUCAAACGAGAUGCGAUGCAAAGUAUACGAGACGCAAAUGCCCGAACUGGCCAAGCUGAAUCACUAUCCAUCUCACGUCGUCACAAGCCAGCAGCUCACCAACCGAGCGGCUCAUGAUGCUAAAACACGAAGAGCUAUUGCCAAAGUGUUGUCGACAGGGUCACAGGCGCCUAAGGCGAUAGAAGCCGUCACUCUAGGAAUCUACUUCCUCGACAAGAUGUCAGCUGGACUCAUGGGUGCCGACCUCGAUACAAACCUCUACCUUAUCGCCUAUUGUGUCAAGGAUCUAUUCAACAAACACUGGAUGAUGACAAUGCGGUACACAGUUCGCCGUAUCUACGAAGCCAUGUUCCCCACCGAGGCAGAGUUCGCCGCCUCCUACGGCCUCAAUGAUGCCUGGGAAGCCAGUAGAACGGGCAUCAACAAGAAAUUAGCCAAAACGAUCAAGCGCCGUAGCUUCGAGACCGGCCUACUAACAAACUUCAGCCACCGCUACAUCACUCACAUCAUCAACCAGAAUCUAACAUGGACCUUCGACAGCGACAUGAUAAUGAUCUACCUCGCACUCCGUCGAGCUCUAUACCACAUGGACGAAAAAGACAAUCAGAGUGGAUUGACAUUAGACGACAUUAGACCAGUGACAAAAGAGCACUCGAUCGAAUUUGCAAAAAGUAAACGAUGGCGCAUGUUAUCUUGCAUCGACGACGUAGAGGAAAUGACAGGGGAAGAGGAAGUCCAAACUGAGAUAUAUAGAGCUUUACAUACGGAAGCAGUUGCGGACGGUCUGAUUGAUCAACUCUUCGAAGAACCAGAAAGGGUAUUCAAAACUGCUCGGGGUGCGAAAUUCAGCGAGUUGAAGGAGACGGGCUUUUUGAUGGCUGUCGUUGCACAGUCUAUUCGCAAGGGCAAGAUCUCAAGUAGGUUGAAGAAGUACAUGAAAGUUACGGGUAUAAUGGGCUUGUCUACUGGGGACGACGAUUUCUGGCAUGAAGACGCGGCACCCACAGGAGAAGGUGUGGAGUGGGAAACGACAGAUGAGGAAGAUAGUGAUAGUGAACCUAUGACUACUGAAUUAUUGCGGCAAAUGAUUGGGACUUGA